GUUUUUUCAAUGAAAUAUCUGUUGGAGGCAUUGCAACAAUUUAUUAAUCAGCUCAUUAAUUAAUUUUUGAAAUUUUAAUUCAUUCUUUUUUUUUCAAAGUGUAAUUAAAGCCACUCGGAUCUCACACGAGCUGAUAAUCUCCAUCGAAUUACUGUUGCAUCCGGUUUCUGUCGAUCCCCAAAAGAUCGUCCAGUUGAGAGAUUAGUAAGUUGACCAGAUUAAGUCACAUUCUGUUGGAAAAAUAUCCUUUUUAAUAUCAGAUGUAUUUCCGGUUGUUGAGAUGCCUAGAUGGUUUUAUUGAUGUCGGUGACCACCCCUGACCUACUUGGUAUAAUAAAUGACUUCUCAUUAAACUAAUUAUUGCAUACAAAGUUUUAUCGAUAAUCGAAAUCGUCGUAGAUUAUCCUACAAAUAUUUCUUAGAUUCCCGAUGGUGAAAUCUAAUUGGAGGAUAAAUCGAGAAUCAGUUUCUCGGUGAGAAUAAAAUAAAUAGAAGAGUAUAGCGAUGAAUACGUUUUACGUUGUACUCAUUCUCACUCUUCUUGCGGUUCAAUCUCAAGAAGAGUCUACGAGAGAUCGACAUCCAGGAAGCUACACGACUCCUUCUCAAGACUUGGACAAUCAUCAUCAAACGAGUGUACAGACUGGCCCCAAUGUCUGUAGGUCUAGACACAGAACUUACUGUUGUCCUGGAUGGAAUAGAAAACCUGAAACUGGGCUUUGUAUAAUUCCGAUCUGUAGACGUUGUGGAAAUGGAAGAUGUAUUAGACCAAACGUUUGUCUCUGCGAAGGAGGAUCAGUUGCAGCAGUUUGCAAUCCAUCAGCAUCUUCCCAUCAAGGCAGAGGCUCUUAUCAUGAAGGGAGUACACACGAAGAUCAUAAGGUGUCACAUUCAUCGAGAACCGGAGGAAGUUGUAGAGCAAGAUGUAUUAACGGUAAUUGCGUUGAUGGAAGGUGUCAAUGUAGGUCUGGAUAUCAAGGAGAAUUUUGUAAUGAACCUAUUUGUCGGGAACCUUGUCUAAAUCAAGGAAGGUGCAUAGGUCCUGAUCGCUGCGCUUGUAUAUAUGGUUACACUGGAAGAAGAUGUGAGAAUGAUUAUCGAACAGGUCCUUGCUAUACAAAAGUGAAGAAUGGUCAAUGUCUAGUACAUCUUCAAGGAGUUGUUUGCACAAGACAGAUGUGCUGUGCUACAGUUGGCAAAGGCUGGGGACAUCCUUGUGAGAGAUGUCCUGUAAGACUCGAUUGUGAGAUUGGACAUUUGAAGAACAAUCAAGGCGAAUGUGUUGACAUCAAUGAAUGUGAAGCGAUUCCGGGACUUUGUGAAGGUGGAAAGUGUCUUAAUACUCCAGGAUCAUUCACUUGCGAGUGUCCUCCAGGACAAGCGAGAGAUUUAGAGACUAAUGAAUGCAAAGAUAAAGAUGAAUGCCAAGAGGAAGGCAUCUGUGAAGAUGGCAAGUGUAUCAAUACUGAUGGUGGAUACUAUUGUGUUUGUAAUCCAGGCUUUAUUCAGAGUCAGGAUCGAAAAUUCUGUAUUGAUGGACGUCAAGGACUUUGCUACACGGCUGUCAAUCGAAAUGGACAGUGCAAGAAUCGAUUGUCUAUGAGAUUAAGUAAAAAAGAUUGCUGUUGUGGUAAGAAUAUGGGCCGUGGAUGGGGCGAUGAAUGUUACAUAUGUCCUCCGAAAGGAAGUGAUGAGUAUAAAAAAAUUUGUUCUGAACCUCAACACAUCGCUAUUAAUGAAUGUGCUCUUCGUCCUGACAUUUGUGGUGGUGGGAAAUGCAUUGAUACAGAUGAUGGGUAUGAGUGUGAAUGCUUUCCGGGCUUCGUCAAGCAAUCUGGAAGAUGUGAGGAUGUUGAUGAGUGUCAGCAGGGCUACUGUCAAGGUGGAACGUGUCAAAAUCUUCCAGGAAGUUUUCUAUGCCACUGCCCUCCGGGUUUUGUCGUGUCUGGAGAAGGGAGAUAUUGUAGCGACCACGACGAGUGUCAAGAUACUGGAAUGUGUACCAAUGGCCACUGCACUAACAUGAACGGUUCGUUCAAAUGCAAAUGUAAUGACGGUUAUGUUCUUUCACCUUCCAAGAACACGUGUAUUGAUAUCAACGAAUGCUCAGAGAACCCAAGAAUCUGUUUAAAUGGUCGUUGCGAGAAUACUCCUGGAUCUUAUCACUGUGUAUGUCAAUCUGGAUUUACACCUUCAAGAGAUGACACCUUCUGCGUUGAUAUGGAUGAGUGUUCGACUACUGGAAUGUGCAAUAAUGGAAAAUGUGUCAAUAUGGAAGGAUCAUUUAAAUGUGUUUGUGAUUCUGGAUUUAGAUUGGGUCCUGAUCAAAGUCAUUGUAUUGAUAUUGAUGAAUGUUUGAGUUCUCCUUGCCGAAAUGGUCACUGCAAAAAUACGGCUGGAAGUUUUAAAUGCGAAUGUAAUCCUGGGUUUAAUCUUGGGCCUGAUGGAAGAUCUUGCUUAGACACUAGAAGAGAUCUCUGUUAUUCUCAGUACAAAGACGGCCAGUGCUCCAAUCCAACUUCAACAGCAGUAACAAAGUCAAGUUGUUGCUGUUGCACAGUGAUACUGGGACAACCCUUGGGAUGGGGAAAGAACUGCCAACCUUGUCCAUUACCCAAUUCCCCUGAAUUUGAUGCUUUAUGUCCUCAUGGAGCUGGAAUGACUUAUAAUGGAGAUGACAUUAACGAAUGUGCUCAAAAUCCCAACAUUUGUGUCAAUGGUGGCUGUGAGAAUUUAAUGGGCACUUAUCGCUGUAUAUGUGAUAAUGGCUAUGAAUUAGACUCCAGUGGAAAAGUGUGCAGUGAUAUUAAUGAGUGUGAAUUAGAAAAUUCGCUUUGUAGUGGAGGACAAUGUAGAAAUACACCUGGAAGUUUCCAGUGCGUUUGUCCUACCGGUACCAGAUUUAAUACUCAAACCCAAAUGUGUGAAGAUGUUGAUGAAUGUGAAGAAUUAGGAGCUGAUGUUUGUAUUAAUGGAAUAUGUAUUAAUACAAAAGGAUCUUAUCAAUGUGAAUGUACCAAUGGAUAUAUUUUAGACAAUACGGGACAUAUAUGCAUGGAUAACAGAAGAGGCUCCUGUUGGACAAAAAUGGUUGAAGGAAGAUGUGAGAAUAAUUUUCCUCGGCUGGCGUUGAAAUCUGAAUGCUGUUGCUCUGUUGGAGUUGCCUGGGGAAGUCCGUGUGAAGCUUGUGAUUAUUCUUUAUGUGAAUGUUCGAAAGGGUAUGCCAAAGUUGAUGGAAAAGCUUGUGCAGAUAUCAAUGAAUGCGAGCUUAAUAGUGGCAUUUGCAAAGGAGGUGGAACCUGUGUUAAUACAGAUGGAUCUUAUCGAUGCGAGUGUCCUCCAGGACUUACUCUUGAUUCUACUCAUACGACCUGCAUUGAUACAAGACAAGAAACCUGCUACAUGUCUUAUCGCCACAAUCAGUGCACGAAUCCAAUUGAAGGUCAAUUCUCUAAAAACAUCUGCUGUUGUUCUGUGGGCAAAGCUUGGGGAAAUGAUAAAUGUGAACUCUGUCCUAAAGUUGGAACUCAACUUCAUGCAGAAUUAUGUCCUAAAGGUGAUGGAUUUACUGAAAAACAGGAUAUUAAUGAGUGCAUUGAAUUUCCGGGCAUGUGCCAAAAUGGUAGAUGUAAAAACACGGUUGGGUCUUACAGUUGUCGAUGUAACCAAGGAUAUGCUUUGGAUGAGAAUGAAAUAAAAUGUAAUGAUAUUGAUGAGUGUGAAAUAAUGCGGGGAGUUUGUGGAAAUGGAACUUGUGUAAAUAUUCCAGGAACAUUCCAGUGUGAGUGUAAUGAAGGAUAUCGCAGCAGUGAUAUCAUGAAGAUCUGUAUGGAUAUUAACGAAUGUGAAGAGACUCCGGGAUUAUGCAGAGGAGGCACUUGUAAAAAUAUUGAAGGAGGAUUUAAAUGUGUUUGUCCUCCCGGACAUGAAUUAAGUCCUGAUAAGCAAUCUUGUAAAGACAUUGACGAGUGCUCAAGAACCAGUGGUAUCUGCUCUAAUGGAGUCUGUGAGAAUAUGAUGGGUACUUAUCAGUGUAUUUGUGAUGAUGGUUAUCGACAAACAGGGUUGAAAUCACAUUGUGAGGAUAUUAAUGAGUGUGCUACAAAUAACGGAGGAUGUGAGGAUAUUUGUAUUAAUACACCUGGAAGCUUUUCUUGUGGCUGCAGUCCUGGAUAUGCACUGAAUCUAGAUGGCCGAUCAUGUUCAGAUGUUGAUGAAUGUAAAGAAAAUCCAAGGAUUUGUAAUGGUGGUCAAUGUUCUAAUCUCCAAGGUACUUAUACAUGUCACUGUAAUGCAGGAUUGCUUCCUGGAAAAGAUGGAUUAUCUUGUAUAGAUGUUGAUGAGUGUGUAUCUCAGCCAAGGAUAUGUGGCUACGGUGAAUGCAGAAAUACCAUUGGAUCUUUUGACUGCCGCUGUGAAGAUGGAUACUCAGUAAAACCAGAUGCAGGUCCAGAUUGUACAGAUGAUGAUGAAUGUGUAUUAAAUGCGUACUCUUGCAGUGAGUUUGCAAAUUGUAGGAACACUCCUGGUUCUUACGAAUGCUCCUGCCAUCAAGGAUUCACUGGGAAUGGUAUCGAAUGUCGAGAUAUCAACGAAUGUCUCAUAAACAAUGGUGGCUGUGAUGCCAAUGCCCAGUGUAUAAAUACCGAAGGUUCAUUCAAGUGCGUUUGUGAUGCUGGAUUCCGAGGAGAUGGAUACAGUUGCAGAGAUAUUGAUGAAUGUGUCAAUGAUCCUUCUCUCUGUGAAAAUGGCCAUUGUCUCAAUUAUCCCGGUUCAUUCCGCUGUGAAUGCGAGAUGGGCUUUAUGCAUCCUGAAGAAAAUAACGAACAAGCUUGUAUAGAUAUUAAUGAGUGUGAGAUGUUCAAUAACUUGUGCGUCUAUGGAAAAUGUGAAAACAUAUUCGGAAUGUUCAGGUGCGAAUGUAACGAAGGAUAUAAAUUAGAUGGAUCUGGAGGGAAUUGUACUGAUGUCGAUGAAUGUGAAAGCCCGCAAGCUUGUCAAUAUGGACGAUGUAUUAAUACUCAAGGCAAAUAUAUCUGCGAGUGUCCUCCUAAUUAUGAACUUGUCGAAGCAGGCAAUGCUUGCGUUGACAGGCGAGAAUCUUUGUGUUAUAUAAGUCCAGAAAUAAUUGGUGGUCGACCUCAAUGUGUCUUCGACAUGUCUUCAUCAGUGACAAAAGCCACAUGUUGUUGCAGUGUUGGAAAUGCUUGGGGAACGAAUUGUGAAAAGUGUCCAGAAGUUGGAACAAGAGAAUUCGAAGAGUUAUGUCCAGGAGGUUUAGGUUAUCGACCAAACAGAGUUACUGUAAUUUUAGAAGAUAUUAAUGAGUGUGAAGAACAUGAAAAUAUCUGUUUAAAUGGUCACUGUACUAAUACAUUUGGCAGCUUUAUGUGUUCAUGUAAUGAAGGAUUCGUUUUAGAUCAUACUAAAACCAACUGCAUAGAUAUAGAUGAGUGUGAUCUUCAUCCUCAGAUAUGUGGAGUUGGAUACUGUAUCAAUGAUCAAGGAAAGUAUCAUUGCGAAUGUCCAGAAGGCUACAUGUCAAUGCCAGGUGGUAAAGAAUGUGUAGAUAUGAGGAAAGAACUCUGUUUUAUGAACUACGAAAAUGGUCAAUGCUUUAGUCCUAUGAUUCAUCCUCAAACAAAAAUGCUUUGCUGCUGUUCUAUGGGCGCAGCAUGGGGAUCUCCUUGUGAAAGAUGUCCUGGUGAAAGAACUCGAGAGCAUGAGAUUCUUUGUGGUAUGGUUCCAGGUCAAAUUAUGAAUCCUAUCACAAAUCAUACUGAAGAGAUUGAUGAAUGUGCUUUAAUGCCAACCAUGUGUACUCAUGGACGUUGUUUGAAUACUCCUGGAAGCUUCGAGUGUCAAUGUGAUCCUGGUUAUAUAUAUGAUGAAGAUUCUCAUCAAUGUAUUGAUGAGAAUGAAUGUCAACAGACUCCCAAUCCUUGUUCUGGUAAUGCACAGUGUAUUAAUCUCCAAGGAAGUUUCGAAUGCCGAUGUCCAGUUGGUUAUAAGUUAGGAAUCAGUGCUAGAAGUUGCAUUGAUAUUGAUGAGUGUUUUGAAAGACCUGGAAUUUGCGCUAAUGGAGUUUGUAAUAAUCUUCAAGGGUCUUUCCAGUGUGUCUGUCAUCUAGGAUAUACUUUGACGAGAGAUAGAGACUAUUGUGUUGAUAUUGAUGAAUGCCAGAGAAAUCCCAGUAUCUGUAAUAAUGGAACUUGUAUAAAUACUCUAGGUUCUUAUAAGUGUCAGUGUUAUGAAGGCUUCAAACUUAGUCCAAAUAACGAUUGUGCUGAUGUUGAUGAGUGCAGGGCAAUGCCUUAUUUGUGCAGAAAUGGAAGAUGUAGAAAUUUAAUUGGCUCUUUCAUCUGUGAAUGUGCUGAUGGAUAUAUUUUGGCUCAAGACGGUCAACACUGUCGAGAUGUUGAUGAAUGCCAAGAGAUUCCUGGCCUCUGUCCAUUUCCUGGCAAAUGCCAGAAUUUGAUGGGUUCAUAUAUUUGCAGCUGUCCUCCGGGUUAUGAAUUAGAUGACUCUAAGAAGAGAUGUGUUGAUGUUGAUGAGUGUGUUGAGACGAAGAAUAUCUGUGAAAAUGGAAGGUGUAUUAAUACUGAUGGUGGAGUAAUUUGUGAGUGUCCUGAAGGUUUUAAGUUGAGUGAUAGGUGGAACUCUAUGACUUGUAUUGAUGUCAGAGAGGAACAGUGUUACGAUAGGUACAGAAGAGGACAGUGUCAUACACCAAGAGAAGGUACUAUGACAAAGAAGCAUUGUUGUUGUACAAUGGGUAAAGCUUGGGGAAGAAGUUGUGAAAUUUGCCCUAGAGAACACACAGAAGAGUUUAAGAAACUUUGUCCAGAGGGUCCAGGAAGAGAUGAUACUGGAGUCGAUCUCAAUGAGUGCUUGUUUAUGCCUGAUGUUUGUUCCGGAGGAGAGUGUAUUAAUACUGAUGGAUCUUUCAGAUGUGAAUGUCCGCCAGGUUAUACUUUAGAUGAAUCUGGAAGACGUUGUGUUGAUCUAAACGAAUGUCAUCAUAAUCAAAAUAUCUGUGGAAAUGGAACCUGUACAAAUGUAGAAGGAGGUUUUGAAUGCUCUUGUGCAAAUGGUUUUGCUCCAGGAGCUAAUCAAGUGUGCGAAGAUGUAAACGAAUGUUUGGAACUAGGCAAUCAGUGUGCUUUUAGAUGUCAUAACGCUCCAGGAUCAUUCAGAUGUAUUUGUCCUUAUGGUUAUGUCCUUGCAGCUGAUGGAAGACAUUGCAUUGACGUUGAUGAAUGUUCUACUCCAGCGAAUACUUGUAAAUUCCAAUGUAAAAAUCUUAUCGGCUCGUUUAUGUGUAUUUGUCCGCCUGGAUAUCAACAAAUUGGCAUGACAGAUGAGUGUAAAGAUGUGGACGAGUGUUCUGUUAAUUCAGGACUCUGUAGAAAUGGUCAAUGUAUUAAUUUAGAAGGAAGUUAUCAAUGUCGAUGUUACGAAGGAUUUGAAACUAGUUCUGAUGGAAAAUCUUGUAUAGAUCGAAGAGUUGGCUAUUGUUUCUUGAGAACAAUCAGCGGAAGAUGUACGGCAAGAACUUCCGAGCUAAGAACAAUUACUAAAGCUGAUUGUUGUUGUACUAUGGGCGCUGCUUGGGGACCUCAUUGUGAAAUAUGCCCAUCAAGAGAUUCAGAAAAUUACAAUGAAUUAUGUUUAGAUAAAGGAUUCUCUGUUGAUGGUCAGGAUAUUGAUGAAUGUAAAGCUAUCCCCGAUCUUUGCAGAAAUGGACUGUGUAUUAAUACAUUGGGAUCCUUUAGAUGUAUUUGCAACAAAGGAUAUAAGGCAGAUAAAUCAGGAACACAUUGCAUUGAUGUUAAUGAGUGCGAAUUAUCUCCAAGUCCUUGUAAAUUUAAUUGCCAGAACACGGAGGGUAGUUUUAUUUGCUCUUGUCCUGCUGGCUUUAUUUUAAAUCCUGAUGGAGUGGGUUGCCGGGAUCUUGAUGAGUGUACUACAGGCAAUCAUCUCUGUCAACAAAAAUGUAUUAACACUGAGGGAAGCUAUACUUGUGCCUGUAGAGAUGGGUACACUCAACACGGAGAUGCUUGUCAUGAUAUUAACGAGUGCGAUCAAGCUGGAACCUGUCCAAAACCGGGAACAUGCAUCAAUACUCUUGGUAGCUUUAAAUGUAUUUGUCCUCGAGGCUUCAAGCUAGAUCGUACUGGACGAUUUUGUACCGAUAAUAACGAGUGUGCUGAUGAUGGAAGUUGUGAACAUGGAUGUCAGAAUUUGAUGGGGACAUUUCGAUGCAAUUGCCCGGAAGGAUUUAUUCAACAUCUCUACUACAAUCAAUGCAUCGAUGAAAAUGAAUGCAACAGUUCACCCUGCGGUGAAAGCACCUGCAUUAACACUAUUGGAAGCUAUAAAUGUGGAUGUCCAGAAAAUUAUCAAUUUGAUAAUGACCUCCAAAUUUGUGUUCAAGUCAGCCCAGGAUGUGUUGGAAGUCCUUGUGCCUUCGGCUGUACACCAAGUGGAUCGAAUGGCUUUCUUUGUGGCUGUCCCACAGGUUAUCAAAGGAUCGGACAAGGUCAUUGUUUAUCAACAAUUAAUCCCAUAGCUACUGGAAACUAUGGAGAUGACAUCGGGAAUGUACCUACGUUUGUUAUCAAUCCUGAUCCUUAUCACAUUCCGCCUGCAGGCGAUAAAAUAAUCUCUACAGAGGGUUGCUUCUCCUGCAAGGUCAAUAGAAAAGAAAGGCAUAGAAGAGGUGCAAAAACACAUGGCAAUCAUACGAUGCAAAUUAACUCCACUAAGAAACUUAGACGUGCUAGACAGUUAUCUAAGAAGCUUCCAAAUCAUAAAUUACGGCAUCAUCAUGGUGAGUCCUAUACAAUGAAGUUGAGGUUACACCAAACAAAACAUAAAAUGCGAAUUAUUAAACUUCAGCCGGCUAUCAAGCAUGAAAUGAUGGACUAUAGGAUAGUCAAGGGUAACAAGAGCAAUCAUUUCGAAAUUGUAAAAGACAAAGGAGAUGUAUGGGCUCUUCAUUUCAAGAGUCGACUCAAAAAGCCUGGUGAAUUCCGUAUCAUAAUUCAUGGGCAACCAUUUAAUGGAAUCACUGCCGAAAAUGAAGUCUGGGAAAAACCAUUGAUAUUCAGAGUUUAUCUGGUGGUUACUGAAUGACUAUAAAUUUAAUGAGGAAUGUAGGUCUUCAUUCAAAAUUAUUGUUUCGACACUGCCAUUUUUUAUAUAAAAAAUGUUCAGACUAUGUAGAAAAAAAUUGAAAUGUGUUCACGUUUAUGGAGAAGCGAUAUUAUUUUCUCUAUAUGUAUUUUUAUACCAAACUUAUGAUUUAUUAAUUGAUUAAUUAAUUAUUAUAAAUAAAUUUAGUCUUAUCUUCCUAUUUAGAAAUAAAGCAUUUAAAGAAAUGCUAAGUAACUGCACGAGUUCACAUGUCAUUUCUCUUUUAGUGUACAAACAAUUUAUAUAUUUACGCAUGUUUCUGUAGGAAUUAUACAUUUUUA